AUGACAUGCCAUCACAAGUGGCUCAGCCUCUUCAACCCCAAGUGCUCCACACACAGCGUCAUGCUCAACAACAAUGCCACACUAGCCAUGCGCAGCAGCAGCGACAUCCAGGCCACCAUUCACAUCCACAACCAUCCAGUCACCAUCGCCCUGAAGGGCAUCCUCUACAUGCCCAAUCUCACAAAGAACCUGCUCUCAAGCAACCUCAUCACCCUUGAUCAGCUUCACCUGUGCAUGGGGCACAUCAGCACUGUGUGGCUGAGGUGA